CAUCUCUCUCUAAUUAAUUUCUCUCUCACGUACAUCUUUCUUCCCCUUUCUCUUUAGUAGUCGCUACCAAUCAUCACAUUUAACUUGCCAUUUAAUUUAUUUAGUGUCUUUUUUAAUCUGUUUCUACUUUCUCAUCAAAAAAAUCUUGAAGAAAAAAUGGAGAAGCCAUCAACUGUAAAAAACCAAAAACUAUCACAAAAAUCCAACAAGAGAAAACCAGUUAAAGUUGUGUACAUCUCUAACCCUAUGAAGAUCAAAGCCACCCCAUCCGAAUUUCGUGCAAUUGUGCAACAACUAACCGGGAGAUACGCAGCCUCCCCACCAUCACCGGAUGACCAUGACGUUGCUGCAUCAGGAAUUAUUGAUGUGAAAGAUAACAGCCAAGAAGAAGAAAACCAACAGCUAGACAAGUACUACUGGCACUCUCCUAAUAGUACUAUGAGUGCACGUCGGUCGUUGGAUCUCUCUAAUUAUCAUGAAUCUGGUUGCCGAGACGACGAUCAAGUUAUAAUGGAGGAUUUGGUUGUAAAUCCUCAGAUGCUUGAUGAGGGCUUCCCCUCACUUUUACCUUAGCUAGCUAGCUAGCUAGGGCACCAUGUAUGUUGGUAAUUACUACUAAUUAAUUAGCAUCGUUUAAUUAAUUAAUAAUGCAUGUAUCAUGUUUUGUUUAGUACGUAGCUAGCUAGCUAGAUCAUCACCAAUAAUAUAUAUAUAGAUAUGGUGUAUGGUUAUAACUUAAUUUCUUAAA